UUAAAUAAAUUAAUUUAUUUAGGAAAAUUACACUUACAUACCCAGAAAGACACCCAAAUGCAUAACAAUUUGUUAUUAAAAAUAAAAAAUCAAGUGUAACCUAGCAUAUACUUUUACAAUUAAUAUAAAAAUUCUUAGUGACACGUGUAAGGAGAAAAUGAAAAUAUAAUAAACAGUUCAUAUACAUACACUCACCCGGAGCCUCUCAUCUAUAUUUGGUUACCCCUCCACGUGGCGGAUACUCAUUGCCCAAACCUAAAAAUAGGAUCCGACCCGACCCGGAUACCGGGUCUGUAUUUAUGGUCCGACCUCGACGUCGACGCAUGCGUGCGUUCGUCCGUUACUGUACUGCUCCGCACAACACAUAACACAUCUGCAACCACAGUUUGCCGUACCGUCGAAUCGCCAUUGCUAUCGGAGAAAACUCACGAUGACGUUUCCGAUCUUCGUCGAUCCUUCCUACCAGGAUCCGCGGUCGAAUGAGAACGAGGCGGAUUUCGAAUGGGAUCCAAAUCCGGCGGAUUUUCCCAUCCUAGCCUACGUCAUGGACAAGCUACCUACAAUCAGCCAGACGCUGUCCAACGCCGCCGCGGAAGCCUUCGACAUCGAGAAUCCGGCGCCACCGGCGCCGAAGCCGCAUUUCGAGCUGACGGAGAGAAUGCCUCACCUGAAGAAGCCGGAGCUCAUCUCCGCCAUGCGCCGCGCCGUCACAGAGAUCGCGCAAACGCGAUCCGUGCUGCAGACGAUCGGACCGCGCCCCAACCACGAGGUGGUGGACGCCGCGAGGUACAAAAUCGCGGAGAUCGAGGCGCACUCGUCGCGGAAUUCGGAGGAGCUUAACAAGGACUACCGGAAGUACAAGGCGGUUAUCGCUCUGGACGAGAUGCACGAGGCGUACGGAAAAAUGCUCACCGCGGCGGAGAAGCGGCUGGAGAGGCUCUACGAAGCGGCGGUGGCCGGAGUGGAUCCUGUGGUGGACGAUGGACCUCAGACGACUGAGGUCAAGGAAGAGGACGCCAUGACGGAGGAGGUAGUAGGAAUUCUGAAGGAGGCGGAAUCCGGGAAGGGGAUUGAGAUGGUCGAUUUGGCCGGCAGGAAAUUGAGGUCGAUGCCAUUGGCAUUCUGGAGGCUCAAGUCACUGAUUGUUCUAAACAUGUCCUGUAACCGCCUUGAGGCAAUUCCUGGUGCAGUUGGAGAGUUAGAAAACCUGGAGGAACUCAACCUUGCAUCGAAUUUUCUAUCCACACUGCCCGAUUCCAUAUGUCUGUUGUCGAAGUUACGAGGCUUGAAUGUGUCCAAGAACAACAUCACUGCCCUACCCGACAGCAUUACAAACUGCAGGUCUUUGGAGGAUGUAGAUGUGAGCUACAACAAGCUCACUUACUUACCGACCAACAUCGGAUUCGAGCUAGUACACAUCAAAAGGCUAUCGAUCCAAAUGAACAAGAUCCGUUCGCUUCCAACAUCCAUCGGUUGGAUGAAAUCCCUGCGUUACUUGGAUGCACAUUUCAACGAGCUCCAAGGCCUCCCGGCAUCAAUAGGGAGGCUAUCGGGUCUCGAGGUCUUAAUCCUCAACAGCAACUUCAGUGACAUGAAGGAGCUUCCCGAGACCAUUUCCCAGCUGAUCAACCUCAAAGAACUCGAUCUAAGCAACAACCAAAUCCGGUGCCUCCCCGCCACAUUCGGCCACCUCCUCAACUUGUCGAAGCUCAACUUGGAUCAGAACCCCCUCGAGAUCCCCCCAAAGCAGGUCGUGUCUCUUGGGGUCGACGUCGUCAAGGUCUACAUGAACCAGAGACUUGCUGACAUGGUUAGGGCAGACGAGGAGAGGCGCAUGCGCGAAGCCGAAGAACAGGUUCAAGAAGCCAACAUAUUGACACGAAGCACGUCGUGGUUGAAGAACAUGUCCGGAUCUGUCACCGACUACUUGGGAAGCCUCGGAAAAUCGGAUGCUGACCGGUACAUACACAACGAGUACUAAUUCACGACUUGGCUCGGCUUGACUUGACUCGUCCUCUUUCUUCGACUACAAUCGGUAAAUGCUACUUGCUCUACACUUGACAUGCAUUUAGUAUAUAUAUAUCAAGAAGAGCUUUCUUUCCCUACCCUACC